UGUUAUUCUGACUUCUGUCUGUCAAGCCGUUCGCCGAUUAAAAUAACAUAAUUUAGUGCAUUUUUACAUAAACGUAUUGUAAAUCGUAAUUCCAUUAUUGUUAUGAAACCAGACACAUACAUACACCAAGUUUAAUUACAAAGCAACAAUUUAAAUUUUGUGUCUUUCAAUCGUUUAUAUUGUAGAGCUAAUAGUAUAACAAGAAUAUGGAGGAUUUAACAAACGUUUACUUUACUCCGCUUCCCGAUUCGCCGUAUGUGAAGCCUUUCCGUUUUAACUACACACAGAAUGGAAUGGAGAAGACCUGGGACUUGCUGGAGGUUCACGACAGCGUAGCAAUUAUUGUCUUUAAUGUGUCGAGGAAUGUUAUGGUUUUUGUGAAACAGUUCCGACCUGCAAUUUAUUACAACCACAUCCAGCCACAAGACAGAAAAGAGAAAGUGAUAGACACAGCAAAGUACCCUGCAGCUCUAGGAAUAGCAUUGGAAAUGUGUGCAGGAAUCAUAGACAAGAUAAAACCGGUAGAGGAAAUAGCCAGAGAGGAGGUGUUAGAGGAGUGUGGCUAUGAUGUUCCUCUUGAGAAACUGCAGAGGAUUACUUCUUAUAGAGCUGGAGUUGGUGUGCAGGGAGCCCUACAGACACUGUUUUAUUGCGAAGUUACUGAUGAUAUGAAAACUGAACAGGGCGGUGGUGUGGACGACGAAAUAAUUGAGGUGAUAGAGAAGUCAAUUCCCGAAGUGGAGGAGAUGGUGAGCUCAAGCGGACCAAUCCCCAGUCCGCCCAGCUGCCUAUUCGCGCUCAUGUGGUUCCUGCACUACAAGGCGGACCAGUUCCGGAAGUAGGCGCACUCCAUAUGCCGAACUGCUCCAACAUUUGGAAGGAAAGAGGCGGUCUUCGCACAUCAUACUACUUCACUUUUUUAAUGUACUUUUUGUGGUGCGCAAUGAAAGUAUAUUCAUUCAUUCAUUCAUUCAUAUAUACUGACAAAACACCGGCUUGUUUGUAAUUAAAGCUUGAAUAUUAUGCAUCCAUUCUUAAUGAUAUAGGGCCUUUAUUUACAAACGUGGCAUAAUGGCGUAACGUUGAAAUAGUUAUACAGUGUUUUGACACAUUUCGAACUAUCCACGCCUUUCAAAUGACAGAGCGUUAAAGCACACUACAUACCUAUUCCGUCGUUAUGCCACGUUUAUUAAUAAAGCAAACAGUGUCAAGAAGCAUAACGUUGGAAUCGUUAUACAGUGUUUCGACACACGUCAAACUAUCCACGCCUUUCAAAUUAACCGAGCUUGAAUGCACACAACACAACUAUUCCGUCGUUACGCCACGUUUAUUAAUAAGGCAAACUGUGUCAAAACGCAUAACGUUGGAAUAGUAAUACAGUGUUUCGACACACGUCGAACUAUCCACGCCUUUCAAAUGUCAGAUCGUGAAAGCACAUAACAUAACUAUUAUUCCGUCGUUAUGCCACGUUUAUUAAUAGGGCAAAUAUUGUCAAAACGUUGGAAUAGUUAAAAAAUAAUGGCGACAUUUCAACUGUCAGCGCUUUUGUAAUGUCAGAGCGUGAAUAAACACAUCAUCCCAACUCUCUCCAGUCACGCCACGUUUAUUAAUCAAGCAAAUAGUGUCUGUUUGUUUGUUACCUAUGUUCGCCUCAACCGCUGCACCGGUCUUGAUGACAUUUAGCGCAUAUAUAGCACACAUCUUGGAAAUUGUCUUAAAAGCUUAUAAAUUGCAUCUCUUAUAAUAGCCACAAGGACAUAGGAUACUUUUAUACGAGUCUCUAUUCCGAUGCUAAAGUUUGAGUGGAUUUGAAAUGAAAUUAUAGCUGGGAAUUAACUAGAGUUGUUUUUAAUUCCUAAAAAAAUACAAAAACAUUUUUAAUGAGAUUGUAAUAAUAUACAUUUCACUAUAUGUGUUUUAGAAACUGAACAACAUUUUGUUAUGUAGACAAGGACAUAAGUUGACUAAGUAACUAGUUAA